AUUUAAUGCAUUUGAACUACACACUCUCUCUCUCUCACUCUUAACAUUUUUCAUCUUCAAUUUCCUUUUUGACCCAUAACAGAGUUUCAAUUCCUAUCAAUUGCCAAAAAAUGGCGAGAAUUAGAGUUUGAAUUGUUCAUUUUCAUAUCUGUUUGUGAAUGAAACCCUAAUCCCAAAUUUUGGGCUUGCAUUAAUUUGAGUGGGGUAGUGACAGAAGAGAGAGUUAAUCGAUAAUUAGCUGGGUUUUCGCUCCAAUUUGUUUAUCUUUGCAGAUGGAUAGAGUUCCUCUCGCUUAUCAUCUUAUCCUGUUAUAGACUGUGUAUUAACUUCAAAAAUGAGGGUUGAGAAAGAAGGCUCAAAAAAUGGAGGAGGUUAUGUUGGUGGCUUCUUUCAGCUGUUUGACUGGACCGCAAAAUCUAGGAAGAAGUUAUUUUCCAACAAGUCAGACUUACCAGAGCGUUCAAAACAAGGCAAGAGAAGUGAUGGCAACUUGCCAGUGACUCGGCUAAAUCUGAUUGAUGAGGAUGAAGCUGGAGCAGGAUCAUCAAGUAUUAGAGGAAGUAGCGAUUACAGUUGCGCUUCAUCCGUUACAGAUGAUGAUGGGUUUGGACCUAAGGCCCCUGGGGUAGUCGCCAGACUUAUGGGAUUAAAUUCUAUGCCCACAUCCAAUUUUGCUGAGCCAAGCUCUACCCCAUUUUCGGAUACUCAAUCUCUUAGGGAGCCAUCUCAGCGGAGGAAACAUUUCGAUUAUUAUAACGACCCUCAAAUUAUGUAUUCUGGAAAUCUUCUUAAAAAGGAGGACGGUCCUCGAAACUUCGAAGAGGAGAAGCCUCAAAAGGUGUUAGGUAGACCUAUUGAAAAGUUCCAAACUGAAAUGUUGCCUCCGAGGUCAGCGAAAUCAAUUCCGAUUACUCACCAUAAACUUUUAUCUCCCAUUAAGAAUCCUGGCUUUAUACCAAGUAAAACUGCUGCUCACAUCAUGGAAGCAGCUUCAAGAAUUAUUGAGCCUAGCCAACAAUCUGCUGCGAAGGCCAAACUUUCCAUAGCCGGAACUUCUUCAGUACCCUUGAAAGUUCGGGAUCUCAGAGAAAAACUGGAAGGUGAGCAGAAAGUACCAGUAUUUGGGUCUGCGUCAGCAUCUCUGAAAUCUCGAGAUUUGAGAGAGAAAAUGGAAGCCCAUAAUAAAACAUCCAGGCUUGUUGAAGCUUCUCGAAGACCUGUUGAUUCAAAUACUGCCAAGUAUCUCAAAGGGCAGCCUUUGAACAAAAGCUGGAAUGGUGCAGUAGAUACCACAUCUUUCAGGUCCUCGCCUGAUACAGAAGAAGCUUCUUCUAGUUCAAAAAAUAAGGGGAAGUCAAUCUCACUUGCAAUCCAAGCGAAGGUCAAUGUUCAAAGAAGAGAGAGUCUAAAUUCAAGUAGCUUGGCAGGCCAGAAAGAUCAGAAUGAGGUUAUGUCUAGCCAGACAUUCAGAAGCCAACCAAACAUACAAAAGAAUUUGCCUAAAAAAUCUUUACAUAAUAAUACUGGUGGAGUUCUCAGGCAAAAUAAUCAAAAACAGAACUGCCUUUUGGAUAAGGACAAAUCUUCCAAAUCAGCAGUUUCUUCUAACACACCAGUUCGAAAAGCUCUGUCGGGGAACCCUCCUGUGAGGCACAAAACAUCAGUUAAAACCAUUAGCCCUAAAACUGGAACCAGGAAGUUUGGCUCAGAUGGGACAGAUAAUGAAAAGGAUCUUUCAAGUUACAGCAAGCAUACUCCGAGGAAAAAGAGGUCAAUAGAUGGGACUUUACAUCCUGAGAAAAAUCAGGUGGUUGAUGAUAUGUUAAUCGACAAUAACCGGAAGGACAUUCAAUCAAGUUCAGCCAAUGAUAGGCAUUUUAGUUGGGCCGAAGAGACCAAGAAGAAAGGAAUGGAUGUCGUUUCAUUUACAUUUACAGCUCCCUUAGCUCGAUCUGCUCCUGGUCAUGAAACAUUUGGUCAACCUGCACAGAAAAAUAGCAGUGCUUGCAUUAAUAGUAGAGGCAAAAGGUUGCUGCUUGACACAGAUAGUAUGAAGCUAUCUUCAGUGGGAUACAAUGUGAUAGGAGGAGAUGCUUUGAGUAAUCUAUUGGAACAAAAGUUAAGAGAAUUAACAAACAGUGUAGAGUCUUCUAGCCGGAAUUCUGUUAAAUUCCGUUCAGUGUUGGGUUCGGCAUCAAGUUCACAAGAUUCGGCACCAGCUCUAAAUUUAGGAGGAACUACACAAAGGUUACAUGAUAAUAAGGGCCAAAACAUGCUGCUUGGAGAUAAAUCUGCUAGGAACUAUGGGUUUGAUGCGUUCUCAACCAAUCCCACUGCUCUAAGAUUUAAUAACUUGUUUCAGGGAGUUGAUGAAAUGGAAGAGUGCAGCAGUAAGUCUGAUGAUUCUAGAAGGCUGCUUGAUUGCAGACGGCCCAGUCCAGUCUCUGUUCUUGAACCUUCCUUUUCAGCCGAAAGUAGCAGUUCUGUAGAAAGCAUAGAUUGCAGUAGUACCGAAGGUAGCAAGCAAUGUUCAUCUAUACAAGCUCAGGAAAUUUUUGGGUUUUGCUCUUCAAAGCAGCUCCAUUAUGUUGAUGCUGACACAGAUUUAUCAGAUUCUGCUUCUUCAACAUCUUAUGGCACAGCUACGAAGCAGAAAUAUACUAUAUCUGCGGCCGAUUUAGUGAAAUCACGCAAUUGGGAAAUAGAUUAUGUGCAGAAGAUACUAUUUAAUCUGGAAUAUAUGUUUCAAGACUUUGCACUAGGCCAGUGUAGUGAGAUCAUAAACCCUAAUCUCUUCAACCAGUUGGAAAGUCGUAAAGACGGACUACUUAGUGAAAAUGUGGAGGCUAGACUUGAGCGGAAGGCUAUAUUUGACUGUGUAAGUGAAUGUUUGGACAUAAGAUGUCGGAGAUACGUUGGCGGUGGAUAUGGCACGUGGACAAAAGGAGUAAUGAUUGCAAGAAGCAAAAAAUGGCUGGCCGAAGAAGUGCUGAAGGAGGUCUCGGCAUGGAGGAGCAUGGGUGAUUGUAUGGUGGAUGAGCUUGUAGACAAGGAUAUGAGCAGUCAGUACGGAAGAUGGCUAGAUUUUGGAGCUGAUGCAUUCGUAGUCGGAGGUGAGAUCGAGGGUCAAAUUUAUAAUACUCUGCUCGAUGAAGUCGUUUCCGAUAUCUUUUGGCGAUGAUGAUGCUGUUAGCUGCGGGAUCAUAUGAAAUUUGAAGUCAUGCUUGUGAAGAUCGACUAUCCUGCACAUGUGAGUUGGGAUUGGUUUAGUUUCAAGAUUUUAACCUUGUUUAAAUUAUUGCUUCAUUUAUUGCAUUGUGAAUUAGUGAAUUAUUUAUAGGAUGUUAUGUUAAAAAUCAUUAUAAUGAAAGGCGGGAGAUUCCACUUUUGGUAUCGAA